UUGAGCAGCCACCAGUCACCAAGCUCUUUCCCUCACGUCAAGACUAUCUACCGAGUGUCUCUGUCUGACUUAUCUUAUGCACUGGUCAUUACGAUGGAACCUGUAGUAGACAUCUCCAUGGAAACAAUCUCCGAGGCCAUCAUCAGUGGUGUGAGUGAUGUUGAUGUCAUGGCAACCUUCCACAGCAGUGGCAUGUCACUGGAAGAUCUCACAAAAUGGAGGCAUCCACUUCUGUCCGUCAACAUGUUCCAAAUUGCCAUCUUGUAUAAACGAGCUGAUCUUGUCCAGUCUCUAGGAACGAUUUGCCCUUUCUUCUUGUCUGACAGAUCCUUGUAUAAGGAACAGAUUGUACCUGAUACUAAUGAAACCUUGUGUGUCUGCAGCAGAGGCCAAAUAUCUGAGGAUUCAGAUGUACAGGACUCUGGAGAUUCAUCCAGGCAGGUGCCCAAUACAGCCGUAGAAGCGUGUCAAGGUGAGGCUUCAAGGUCAACUCAAGGACAGAUACCAAACACAUCCUCAUCAGUUGCAGAUGCCUCUAUUCAGUUGGUAUUGGUCUCAACAGAUGAACAGAUACCAAACACAUCCCCAGGAGCUGGAAGCUCCAGCCCUCCUGAAAAGUCAGAUAGUACCAAAGAAGAUACAUCCUCUGAUCAAGACGGCGGCAAUGCUGUGAUCUUAAACCCACCACUACAUCUGGCAUGCAUGGUGGGUUGUAUUGGUAGUAUCAAAUAUCUGUUAGAAAAACCUAGUUCCUUUUCACUGAAUGAAGUUGCCAAUGUGUCUAUAGCUGUAAGAGAUGGGGAAUCCGAGACUGCCAAUAAAUACUAUACCUUGCCCAUGACGGAGAGCAGGAGAGGGAAGCCAUUUGAGUUUUGUGUUUCUGGUGGACAUGUUGAUUUUGCCUUUUAUUUUUUGAAUAACAUCAUCAUUCAGUGCCUAGCUCUGAGGUUUCUGUAUGCUGGUGUGCGAGAACCCUCCUCCAUGCUCCACAAGGCAUGUUCUAUAGGAUGUGGACCUCUGGUCGACUUGCUUCUGAAGAACUCAUUUCGCGACGUCAUAAGCCUUAGUGAUAAGAACGGCAAGACGCCACUUCAUGUGGCAGUAUGGAACGGAGAUACUGACACAAUCCACCACCUUCUAGAAUGUGGAGCAUCAGUCAAUGCUCUUACAGAAUCUAAAGGUUGUCUCCACAUCCUAUACAGAUCCAAACUCCACCCAUACAACUACAUUGCAAACACAAAGCUGCUGAUACAGUUUGGCAUCAAUGUACACAUCACAGACAAAAACGGUAAGUCUGCGCUUCAUAUUCUGGCUGAGGAAAUUGGCAUCAGUCGAACUGACGUGAUGCGGUACUGGAAGAAGGCAUCCAAUGCUAUCAGAGAAAUGACUUCCUCAAAGUCCAACACCAUAGGAGAUAAUUACUCCAUGAGCACCUACCAAAGUGAUCUCAUCACAUGUCUAGAGCUGCUUCUGGAAAAGGGCAUGAACCCAAACAAAGUGACGACCAAGUCAGCAUUCAAUGAAACAGUCUUGGAAGUCCUACUGCAAUACAGCUCCCUUCCAUACACCCAAACCACACUCUGGAACAGUCCACAGAUUGUAUACAGGGCAGUGGAGCUGUUGCUGUCCCACGGCACCAACCCCAAUUUGCCAAGUCGAUGCUCAGACCUGCCAAUCUUCACCUACUUCAUCAUGAACCAUCUCAAUGAUAUACCGGUAGGAGAUAAGAAAAUGAAACACAAAUUUAUCCACCUGUUUAGUUUGUAUGGUGCCAACUUUGACCAUCCAGCUAUGAAUGGGUGUUACCCAUUGGUGGCAGCUGUGGAGAAACAGACAUGUCAGAAUGUGCUGGAGCUGAUUGGCUGUUUGAUGGACAUGGAGCAUCUUCAUCACGCCAUGAUGACCGUCCAGCAGCGGUUCCUGCCUCCUCUCAUAUAUUCCAACAAGCUGAAGGAAGUAGAAUUUGCAUAUGGUGUUGUGGAACUGUUUGAAAAGCUAAGGAUAAGAUCACUAAGACAUCUUUGUAAAGUUACUAUCUUGAAACAACUUACAUGUGCAGCUCGUGAUGUUGAACAACUUCCUUUGCCCAAUUACCUCAAGAGUUAUAUCACUACUGCCUCAUUCUAAACCUGUAAAAGUCAGGGUGCUGUUGUACAAACAGAGAUGCCAACCCUUACGCUUUAGGCGUAAUUAUUACGAUUUUGACCAUUAAAUUACGCCAUUACACUGAAUCUGCGAAAAUUACGCUUUUCUACUCGUUUUACGAAAAUCAAUAAAGUGGAUAGAUUUUCACAGGGAAGUGUUUUGUAACGCACAGGUGCAGGGGUGCAGAAAUAGCUUUGCACCGAUAGGAAUCGCUUACUCUUAGCAUCGCACUCAUUCCAAUUAACUUGCAAGGAAUUAAAGUAUUUUGAGUCACAUGACCAACAAUUUUCGAUGUAUGGAGCUUCAUUGUGAUUGGUCACAUGUGUUUCUGCCCAGAAUCUUGCUUUCGUGAUAACGUGUACCAUGUUGAAGCGAUCGGUAGACACGUAUUACACUUUUUAGGUCCAAAUUACAGUUUCUGACCUCUAGUAUUACACUUAGGCCCAAAAUAGGGUUGGCAUCUCUGUACAGAGCAGACUUAGUGCUUCAAAAAAUGUAAGUCUCUGUUAAGGUAUGUGAGUUCACCUCAGUGCUAAGAUCGCUUUGUACAACAGCAUCUAAAUAGUAAUCAUAUACUGAGGGGGAAAAGUAAGGGAUCACAUCCAAGCACAAGUGUUCCUUUAUUUUUUUUCCAAGGUUUCAUCUAGGGGUGUCACGAUUCGGUUCGGUUCAUCGAAAAUCGAAUCGAUAGAUGUACGAUUCGAUCUCGAUUUCAAAUGCAUCAAUUUCGAAAUCAUUUCAUAAAGUACUUACUUUCUAAUACUGAGAGUUUAUUUCACCUGAAAUCGUAAGAAAUUAUGUUGAAAAUUCGCUGCUACAAGUGUUGCCAGUGAGAGGGUAUUGUAAGUGCCCAGAGGGCAUGUCUUUCAAGUGAAAAUUCCUUGCACAGAACAUGAUCAUUCCAAAUGACUUACAGUGACAUUACAGUCACAAUGAACACUUGACACCAGAGUUCGUGACUGAAACUUAAUGUUAUGAUCACUUGUUCAGUGAGUAUUUGUUGACAACUUGUCUUGACAGUGUUCUAAUUGUGCAUUGUGCAAAUUUUCCAAAGUUUGCCAAAUUAAACUGAUAUUACAACAAAUUUGACUUUGUCCUCAGCUUUGGUGAAUCGAAUCGAAAUAAAUCGAAUCGAGCGAAUUGAAUUGAUAAUCGUACCGAAUCGAAGUGAGAGUGAAUCGUGACACCCCUAGCUUCGUCACAAGAUUUUUAUCACAUAGCUUGUGAAGAAACAUGGGAAAAAAUAAAGGAAUAUUAUUAUAUAUUAUGACUUUCUUUAGAUAAUAUUCAAAGACACUCUUGAGAUUAGUUACAACAAACAAUAACACUGUGCAAUUUCUUGAAGGAACAGUUGGUUUUGAGGCAAUUUGCUAUAAUUUUGUAAGAAUUGCCCUCAAAUUGAUAGAUGAAGGGAACCGUAUGUUUGAGGCGCCAUCAUUUGCUGUGCAGAGUUGCAUCCUUUGAUUAUACCAGAAACCUUUGAUAGUGGGUUCAAAUUCUUGUUUUCCUGGGAUGUCAGUGGAAUACCGUUCCAGGCGGUGCUAAUCCAAUCUCAUUCACUGCUUGGUUGUGUUUUACACUUUUGUGAAUAUGCUUUAGGGAACUAUUCAGGUGUAACCUCAUGAAUGUGAUGGUGGUUAGUUUUUGUAAGUUUUCAGUGUAACAUUAAUAUACUUGUGUAUGAUCAGAUUUUUGUUUGAAAUAUACAUCUACUUUGUACUGAAUAUUUUGAUACAAUGUAUAUAUAUUUAUGCUGCUGUUUGUAUGGUAUGGUGUUUAAAUUUAAAUUCAACAACAUGGCAACUUACAAAUACUUCAUAUCCAACAAUUUUAUGUGUCGUAGUUUGCUAAUUUUUCAAUGGUAUGGUGUUUGAAUAAAAAAUUGACAUGACCACUUGACAUCUAGUUCAUAUUGAACACUAUGAUAUAUAUAUUUUGCUUCUAUUUUUAUGGUACAAUGUUUAAAUUAAGAUUUUCUUGUUCUGUCACGUACAAUAUAUUUAAGUCGAAGUGUGUGUGGUUAUAAUGAAUUGAAAAUAGUGGCCCUUUAUGAGUUAUAACCAGAGUUUACUGUAUCUCUUAUUAUGCUUUUCACUGCUUAAGGUUCUUUGUGGUUUUCACUGCUGAAGGUUCUGUAUGCUUUUCACUGCUGAAGGUUCUAUAUGCUUUUCACUGCUGAAGGUUCUGUAUGCUUUUCACUGCUGAAGGUUCUAUAUGCUUUUCACUGCUGAAGGUUCUGUAUGCUUUUCACUGCUGAAGAUUCUGUAAACACCUGGAAAUAUGUAGGGUCCAGUCCUGGGUCAAGAUUGUUGGAAAUCCCCAGCCAUGCCGUUUGAUGGCGGUGUCUGGUUUUGGAUGGGGAAAGGAGAGGGGGUGGCUGUGUGUUACCCUACACUCAGCUCUGUGGGGAGGUCAUGAUUGAUCUACAUCCUGAGGAUGCAGGUGUCUCAGGAUGUAUGUAGCUCCUCAGUUCUCAGUUCUAGUCUUUGAGGGGAUUCAGGGUUUGAUGUCAUUCCCAGUGCUAGUCUCUGAGGGGAUGCAGUUGCCCUUUACCAAAGGCUUGUCAGUUUGUGGAUUCUAGGUUGAUAUAACUCCACCUUGCUAGUCUCUGAGUGGAUUCGUGAUUGAUGUAGUUGCCAAAUACCUAAUGCUUGUCUUUGAAUGGAUUCAAGAUGAUGUAAAUCAGCAGUGCUUGUCUUUGAAGAGAUUCAGGAUUGAUGUAAAUCCCCAGUGCCUAAUUCUUGUCUUUGUAGGGAUUCAGGAUGGUGUAAAUCCCAAGUGCCUAUUGCUCGUCUUUGAGGGAAUUCAUUCAGGAGGGUGUUAAUCCUGAGUGCCUAAUGUUUGUCUUUGAGGGGAUUCAGGAUGGAUGUAAAUCCCCAGUGCCUAUUGCUCAUCUUCGAAGGGAUUCAAGAAUGAUGUAAAUCCUCAGUGCCCAAUGCUUGUCUUCCAGGGG